AUGGCAUCCUUGAAUCUUCACAGAAAACAAUGGAUUUUUAAGAAAAUUGGGACAAGGAACUCUAGAACAACGUUGUUAAAUGACGAUGAAAAACGAUGGUGUGUUUAUGGAAUCGUACUUAAUCAUGUUUUGAUCCCAGCUGUUCGACCUUACCUGGAAAAUAAUAUUUUAAAUGAGUAUGAUGAAUUAAAGGAAUCUCAUAAUAUUCAUGUUCAAACGAUUCACAACUUUUCUUCACCAAAAUAUUCCCACGAUCUACGCUAUAAAAAUAUCAACAAUAAUGAAACAAAGGAUAAGAAGAAGUUUAUCUAUGAAGUUAAGUCACAUGUCGACUUUGGAAAACUUUUCCUUCAAAACCACAUGGCAAAGUUUAACUGUUACGACAGUUGUGACGCAUCAGCAGUGCUUAAUUUACUAGAAAGGAUCCCAAUUUUUUCAAACCAGGUCCAGAAUGCGGCAAAAAUCGUUAGAGAAAAUAGAAAUUCUUGGGCUCACUGUAAUUUUGAGAAAUGGAACAAAAAAGAUUUUCAAAAGAGAAUCGACAAUGUGAAGAAACUUGUAAAUAAAUUGUGUUUAACAAAUGAAGAUGAAGUUUUGAAUGAUAUAAAUCAUUGGAAAGAUCAAGCUUUGACUUGGCGGACAAGCGAUCGUACUUUAUGUGAAGAGUUAAAAGAUCACAUUAACAGACUUUUAAAGGAAGUUGAAGAAACGAAAUUUGAAAACGAAGAGUACAAAAAGUUAGCGCAAGAGACGCUUGACAAAUUUUCGAAUUGCAUUGAUCAGUUAAAAAGACGUGUUGAUCAACUUCAACACAAAGUUGAGCAACUUUAUCAAAGCAAUAUUAAUGAUUUUGCCAAUUGUGACAGCGAUAUCGAUUUACACUACCAAAAAUUCGAUCCAGAAACAAGAAAAUGGUUGAUCGACGAUUUUUCUGCUUGGUUCAAAAAACCUGCAGAAUCAAGAGCUUUUGUAUUUAUGGGAGAUGCUGGAGUUGGUAAAACAGUUAUGGCAGCUGCUAUCGCUCAACGCGCUAAGGAUGAUGGGAAGUUAGGAGCAGCAUUCUUUUGUAGACAUUAUGAUGGUACACGUCGUGAUCCAAAAUCUCUCCUGGCCAGUGUUGCUUAUCAGUUAGGUAAACAUUUUCCUGAUUAUUUGAAAUUAUUGGGAGGGGUGAAUGGAAUACAAAAACGACUAAGCGAUACAAAACUAGGCGUUCAAGAACUUUUUACUAAGUUUUUCGAAGAUCUAUUAUGGAAGCUUGAGACUUUUUCCAAAACUCUUAUUGUGAUCGAUGCUUUAGAUGAGGCAGAUUAUGAUUCGAAAAAUGAAUUUUUUGAUGUGGUAACUUUUCGUUUUCCUCAACUUCCACAAUGGCUACUUUUCUUUAUAACAACACGUCCAGUAGAUUACACGCAAUUUACUUUGAAAAAUUACAAUCCAUGUGUAAAGAUUUGUUCAGGACAUGCAAAUAAUGCUGAGGCUGAUGAAAAACAUGUACAAGAUAUUCAAACAUUUUUGGAAAAUCAAGUCGACUUCACUGGUAAAUCAUUUACUGCAAGAGAAAUUACAAAAAAAUGUAAAGGAAUGUUUUUGUUUGCACAUUAUCUUGUCAAAACUCUCAAAGAUUCAUCUGAAACGGAUCUUGAAAAAUGCCCACAAGAUAUUGAUGGAUACUUUCUUGAUAAUUUUAAACGUAUUCAUAAGAAAGUUGGAAAAGAUUUCUAUAAAAAAUUGUUAGGUUGUGCAGUGGUUGCUCCUUCACCUCUUCCUAGUUCGUUUAUUCCAUUUCUUUUAAAAAAAGAAAAUUUAGAUCUUCACGAACAAGAAGUAUUUGAUGCUAUUUCACUGUUUUUUUCUUGUGAUAAAAAAAAAUUCACGUUUCUUCACAAUCUUAUACCUGACUGGCUCUUUGAUAAAGAGCGCGCUUCGCGAGAGUUGGUAAUUCGUAAAACAGAAGCACAAAUUUUCUUUAAGGAAAUUGUCAUCGAACUUUUGACAUCAUUCCUGAAGAAUGGACUACCAUUCAAUGACUCAGAUGAAAAUUCCGUUGUCUGUUACAUCCUCACAAUUGAGUUUCGUUAUCUAUUUCAUCUUUCAACUGAAAACUCUGAAUUGUCGAGAAUAUUUUUUCAGUGUUUUACUAACUGUGAGUUUCUCAAACAACGAAUACAAAGCAGUACAUCAGGUAUUUUUUCCCUUUUAAAUGACAUUCACUUUGCAAUUGAAAAUAUUGAGUUAAAAGAAGAUGAAAAACAAACUGUAAAGGAACUACUGUCUAUUCUUGAAAAUGACAGUUUUUAUUUGGUAGAUAACCCUGAUCUUUUGGACUCCUGUCUUUCAAGGUUAUCCUCAAACGUCAGAGAAGCAUUUAAAUCAAAGCAUUCAAACCAAUGUAGAUUGCGGAAUAUUAUGUUAGAUAACGACAUUAAGAUUAAUUGUGACGUCUAUGCUUAUUCAACAGACAGAACUUUGUUGGCAGGAGGAAAAGAGAACGUUCUUUAUCUACGAGAGAAUGACAGUUGA